CGUGACCUGCAUGAGGUUCGAAAGCAGAAAAAUGGAUUUUGAGUUGAUUUUUAUGAAAUUAUGAUUUUUAGCGAAAUAUAAAUGAAGAGUUAUAUAUAGGUCAUCACUUUUCAGUCUUCUGAUGCAUAUCAAGAAGCUGUACAACAUUGUUCCAUAUUCAAGACAUGUUCUUAUGCAGUGCCGAAKCUUUAGURCUCUUGAGCACAGUCCUCUUGGUACUGGGCCAGUACACCAAAAACACAAACAGAAUAGUUCAUUGUUGCAAAUUGCCSCAGAGGUUGCAGAUGCAGUUGCAACUAAUAAACCAGUAGUUGCUUUAGAGUCAACMAUAGUGACUCAUGGUAUGCCAUACCCACAAAACCUCAGUGUUGCCAAGAAAGUGUCAAAGAUCAUUCGAGAGAAUGGUGCAAUUCCAGCAACAGUUGCUGUCCUUGAUGGCUGUGUCCAUGUUGGUAUUUCAGAUAGGGAACUAGAAGGUCUAGCGCAUCCUGACAGCCUCUCCAUCAAAACGUCAAGACGAGAUCUACCAUAUAUUCUAAGUCAGGGAUUGUCUGGUGGAACUACAGUGUCUGCUACCAUGAUUGCAGCAAAUAAAGCUGGCAUCAAGGUUUUUGUUACUGGUGGAAUUGGAGGAGUUCACAGAGAAGCACAAACAACAUUUGAUAUCAGUGCUGAUUUGACUGAACUAGGCAAGACACCUGUAGCAGUAGUAUGUGCAGGAGUAAAAUCUAUCCUUGAUAUUGGACUGACCUUGGAAUAUCUGGAAACACAAGGAGUAACUGUUGCAACAUAUGGUCCAAGCAAUGAUUUYCCAGCAUUCUUUACAGCUAAAAGUGGUUAUAAGUCUUGCUGCUCAGUGAAGAAUCCUUUGGAAGCAGCCAAACUUAUUGACAGUAGUUUAUCACUUGGGCUACAGAAUGGCAUGGUGAUUGCUGUUCCUGUACCUGAUACUGAAGCACUGUUAGGAUCUAGCAUUGAAAGAACUAUUCAACAAGCCUUAGAAGAUGCAAGGUCAUCCAAUGUUCUUGGAAAAGAGGUGACCCCAUAUGUCCUUAAAAGAGUUAAUGAACUUACAGAUGGAAAGUCUCUGGAAGCUAACAUUCUUUUGAUUAAGCAUAAUGCUAGAAUAGGAAGUCAAAUUGCAGUAGAGCUGGCUAAAAUACAUGAAAAAAGAAAAAAGAAAAUACAGCAAGAAAGCCUAAAUAAAAGUGUAUCAUUCAAGGAAGAUGAAAAAUCUCUAUCAAAGAAAAAAACCUCUACUGGGCGACCCGUUGUCAUUGGUGGAUCAAAUGUAGAUUUUGUUGCUACAGCAGAAACUAUUAUUCCUGAGGCUUCGAAUCCUGGAAAGGUGCAGAUCAGUUUUGGUGGAGUUGGCAGAAAUAUAGCAGAGGCUCUAUCUCGUCUUGGAAAGAAGCCAAUAUUUAUUUCUGCUGUUGGUGGGGAUGCACUGGGAGCAAUGAUGUUAAAACAUUGUCAAGAAUCCAAUAUGGCAACAGGAGGAAUUCAUACUUUCAAUACUUGUCACACRGCCACAUAUUCAGCUGUACUGAGUAAUUCGGGUGAUUUCAAUGUGGCAGUUGGUGAUAUGGACAUACAUCACAAAAUCACUCCCCAAAUAAUUUCAGGUUUUGAGGAAUCUAUUAAAAAUGCGCCAUUGGUUGUUUUUGAUGGAAACCUUAGUAAAGAAACAAUGGAAAAAGUUAUCCUUCUUUGUUCCCACCAUGGUGUGCCAGUCUGGUUUGAACCAACAUGUAUGAUGAAGGCUGGUCUGCCUUUCCAAACAGAUACCUGGCAAGAUAUCACAUACGCUUCGCCAAACAUGAAUGAACUUCGUACAAUGAGUGACACUGUUGUACAAUUUCAUCACCUACCACGACAUCCGCGGGUUGAUAACUGGAAACYACGGGAAACAUCCAUCGAUAAUAUCAUUGAUGAGUGUAUUCUAUUUUCUCAACCUCUCUUGACUCGUAUUCAUUGUUUGAUUAUUACACUUGGCAAACAUGGCGUUCUUGUCUGUCGUAACACAAACGCUGACCAUCCCUUCCCAACAUCUCGGAAUUCACAUCUGCCAAGCAAACAUAAUCACUUGGUGUCAGCCGUUCACUACCCAGCUCCUAAAGUAGACGAUGUUAUCAAUGUUACUGGUGCAGGAGAUAGCCUUGCUGCUGCCAUGGUAAUGUCAAUCAUUAAAGACCACGCCCCAGAAUUGUGCAUCAAAUUUGGUUUGAUGAUGGCCGUGCAUUCCUUGCGAUCACGUGAUACUAUAKCUCAAUCUAUGACGGCACAGGAUUCAACUCAAGCAGCAACCCUAGGAGAUUUUUAUGGAAAAUUGAACCCAAGACUAAUCGAUGUGUCUCAUCUACGAUAGCAAUAAAUAUGUUAUGAGGUUAAUUAUGAAUAAAUAAACUCGGCGAUACGGGGAGUUAUUA